GAUGCGCUGUGUCCCUCAGACACAGCUGAUCACCGAUCAUGGAAAGAGCCGAAGAUGUCGGCUCGGUCAUGUGAUCAGCUGUGUCCAAUCACAGCUGAUCACAUCAGUGCCACCUGUCAGUGUCCACCAGUGCCUUAUGUCAGUGAUUAUCAGUGCCUCGUGCCAGUGCCCAUCAGUGCCACAUAUCAGUGCACACCAGUGGACAUCAAUGCCACAUAUCAGUGCCCAUCUGAGCUGCCUUUCAGUGUCACCCAUCAGUGCCAGUCAGUGCCACCUAUCAAUGCCAAUCAGUGCCACCUAUCAGUGCUGCCAAUCAGUGCCACCUAUCGGUUCCAGUCAGUGCGCAUCAGUGACGCCUAUCCGUGCCUGUCAGUGCCACCUAACAGUGCCAGUCAGUGCCGCCUAUCAGUGCCAGUCAGUGCCGCCUAUCAAUGCCAGUCAG